AUGGGAGGGGCUACGAGCAGCCAAUCACAGCCUCUCCUGUCUCACCAUCGAGCAGCCAAUCACAGCCUCUCCUGUCUCACCAUCGAGAAGCCAAUCACAGCCUCUCCUGUCUCACCAUCGAGCAGCCAAUCACAGCCUCUCCUGUCUCACCAUCGAGCAGCAGCCAAUCACAGCCUCUCCUGUCUCACCAUCGAGCAGCCAAUCACAGCCUCUCCUGUCUCUAUAGUUCUGGACCAUCGUCUUCAACAGCAGCUCGAGGCACCGGGGAUGGAGAUUUCAGAUCAUAUCUUUACCACAUAA